GGGGCCAGCUCAGGCAAGGCCAGCCAGCGUCACACAGAGCCGCUCGGCCUCGGUACGACCAUGUCAGGAGGCAGCGGCGGUUACAGCAGCCCGAAGAUCGGCGCCGGGGCCCCGCCGCCUUGUCUCAACGGCCCUUUGAUGAACCAACAUCUUUCAGUUCCAACUGAGCAAGGAUAUAAUGUGGUCCCACCAGCACCAUAUCCACAGCAAUUGCCGGCAAAGAACUUUCCACAUCUUGCUGCUGAACAACAUAACUAUGACUACCAUCAAAAUUUUCAACCUGGUGGUAAUUUUCAGGGCUUUGGACAGUCUUCCAGCAGACCUCCACUAAAUGCUACCCAUUUACAGAAGGGUACAUCUGCUGAUGGACAAGGCAUACCUUUGGCUGCAUAUCCAGCGCCUUACUCAAGAAUGCCACUGCCAUCCCAAGGCUCAUAUGCACCUGCAACAUCCAGCAGUGUUCACCUUGGAGCCUCAGUCCCUCCACAGCCAAGCUGGCAGUAUAAUCCUCCACAACAGUCCCAUCCUGUCAGCCAGCCUCCAGCAGGGAUACAAGCAAAUCAUGUAAUUCCAGCUGUAGGAACUGGUCAGGCGCGAGCACCUUUGGAGCCCUAUGGAAGCACUGGCCCAAAGCCCGCGAUGGUCAAUCAGUAUGCAAAUACAGCUGGAGGAUCUUUUGUACAGAACUACACAAACAAAGUUGGAUCAAGUCAUCCACCAGUCAACCAACCAUUAACUCAGAUGUAUCAGCCUGGCAGGACACCCUUGGGUCCCCCACCAUUAAGUGGAGGUCCCCCUUUGAUCAGACCAACUCAUCCUCUGGUAACUGCUAAUCAUGAUGCAUCACUCGCUCAAAAUCUUGUAGGAAACUCUGAAGGUGUCAACGCUGGGUCAUCUGGUGAUCAAUCAGUAGCUCCUGACAAUUAUGAUACUGUGGAAGGAGGUGGUGAAAUCAUGCAGCCUAUUCAACAAGGCCUCAAAACUAGAAGGACACUUGGACACUCAUAUCCCUCCUUACCUCCUGGCUACCAAAACCUGGCUGGCCCUGGCACUCCAAAUACUGAAGGACCACAGCAAUUUACUCAGGCUCCGCAUUUUAAUCAACUAAUGACUGGCAUGGGUGGGCUUAGCUUGCAGCAAGGCCAACAAUCAGAGGCAGCACGAUCUCUGAAUCUCCUGCAGGAGAGAAAUAUUCUGCCUUCAACUCCAGUCAGAGCCCCUCAUCCAAACCUACACAAGGAUCUACAGAAACUAAACUGCAAUCCAGAUGUGUUCAGGUGCACAUUGACCAACAUCCCUCAAACUCAGUCUUUAUUGAGCAAAGCUAAACUUCCUCUAGGAUUACAGCUGCAUCCAUUCAGAGACCUAUCACAAUUGCCUGUGGUUACGUCGAGUACCAUUGUGAGAUGUCGUUCUUGCAGAACUUACAUAAAUCCUUUUGUCAACUUUCUGGACCAAAGAAGAUGGAAAUGUAACUUGUGCUAUCGAGUUAAUGAUGUUCCUGAAGAAUUUAUGUACAAUCCAGUGAGUCGAUCGUAUGGUGAACCACAUAAGCGACCUGAAGUUCAAAGUGCUACUAUAGAGUUUAUUGCUCCUUCAGAGUACAUGCUGCGACCACCACAGCCUGCAGUUUACCUCUACAUCUUGGAUGUGUCGCAUAAUGCAGUAGAGUCUGGAUACUUAAACACUAUCUGCCAGUCAUUGUUGGAUAAUCUGGAAGCGUUACCUGGUGAUUCACGUACAAGGAUAGGUUUUAUUACAUUUGAUAGCACCAUUCAUUUCUACAGUCUUCAGGAAGGUCUAUCUCAGCCUCAGAUGAUGGUGGUCUCAGACAUAGAAGAUAUCUUUAUACCAACUCCAGACAACUUAUUGGUGAACUUGAAUGAAAGCAAAGAGCUGAUCCAAGACUUGCUGAGAACUUUACCGCAAAUGUUCAGCAAUACAUUGGAAACUCAAAGUGCCCUGGGUCCUGCAUUACAGGCUGCAUUCAAGCUGAUGUCUCCCACUGGUGGUCGUGCCUCUGUCUUCCAAACACAAUUACCUUCAUUAGGUGUAGGUGCCCUAAAGUCCAGGGAGGAUCCCAAUCAGAGAUCUAGUUUAAAGGAUGUGCAGCAUCUUUCUCCAGCAAUUGAUUUCUACAAGAAGCUUGCCCUGGACUGUUCAGGACAGCAGAUUGCAGUGGACCUCUUUAUGUUGAAUGGUCAAUACUCUGAUUUGGCAUCUCUGACCUGUAUUUCGAAGUACUCGGCUGGUUGCAUUUACUCUUAUCCAUCCUUUCAUCACAAACACAAUCCUGUCCUGGUGGAGAAGUUUGAGAAGGACCUGAAGCGCUACUUGACUAGAAAGAUUGGCUUUGAAGCAGUCAUGAGGAUACGAUGCACUAAAGGUCUUGCUAUCCAUACUUUCCAUGGAAACUUCUUUGUGCGUUCUACAGACUUGCUGUCAUUGCCGAAUAUAAAUCCUGAUGCAGGCUUUGCAGUACAGAUGUCUAUAGAGGAGAGUCUGGUAGAUGUACAGCUUGUCUCAUUUCAAGCUGCCCUAUUGUAUACUUCAAGUAAAGGUGAGCGUCGCAUUCGGGUCCAUACUAUGUGUCUACCUGUAGUGAACUCACUGACCGAUAUCUAUGCAGGAGCUGAUGUUCAGGCUGUCACAUGCCUGCUGGCCAGCAUGGCUGUUGAUCGAUCGAUUUCAUCAAGUUUGAGUGAUGCAAGAGAUGCUUUGGUUAAUGCAGUGAUAGAUUCGCUUUCUACUUAUCGUACAGCAGUUUUAAGCCAGCAACAGCAGCAACAGCCAGGUGUAAUGGCUCCCUUCUCAUUGCAGCUGUUUCCUCUCUAUGUGCUUGCUCUACUGAAACAGAAAGCUUUCAGAACUGGGACAAGUACAAGGCUAGAUGACCGUGUCUUUUCCAUGUGUGAAGUGAAAUACCAGCCUGUGUCUUACCUCAUGCUUAUGAUUCAUCCGAAUCUGUACAGGAUGGACAAUCUGUCAGAUGAAGGAUCCAUUAACAUUAAUGAUAAAACCAUACCUCAGCCACCAAUUCUCCAGCUGUCUGUGGAGAAACUAAACAGGGAUGGCGCCUUCUUAAUGGAUGCUGGCACUGCACUCUAUCUUUGGGUUGGAAAAAGGUGUUGUCCAAACUUUGUGAGCCAAGUUCUUGGUGCUUCCAAUUAUGUUUCCAUACCACAAAACAUGACACAGCUUCCAGAACUGGACACUGCUGAAUCUGAGCGAACUAGAACCUUUAUCUCCUGGUUGCGGGAACAAAGACCAUUCUUUCCUGUGCUCCAUGUGAUCAAGGAUGAGAGCCCUCUUAAGGCCAGCUUCCUACAGAACAUGGUUGAAGAUCGAACAGAGUCAGCAUUGUCUUAUUAUGAGUUCCUACUUCACAUACAACAGCAAGUGAAUAAAUGAUCCACAAAAGAAAUGCAAGCUUCAGCUGGGUGGAGACAGCUCGUGUUGGUACAAGGGGUACCAGUAUUUAUGUACGAAAUUAAAAUAAUUAAAUAUUGGUAUCCUUGUAAAUCAAACAUUCUAGCUUUCAUUGAGCCAAUCUACAUUUUCCACACAGUAUGGAAAUAUAUUUAAUAGGUUGGAUGACAAAACAUUAUAAAUAGUGAAGCCAUUUUUUGUUAACAUUUUGAAGGUUUGCCUAGUUAAACCUAGCUCAUACAGUUGUGAAAACCUAGGUGUUCUGUUCAUGAGAUUUGGGUUUCUACAUUUGGGAGUGUGGGGCUGUUUUUAAAUGUCACACACUUGUGUAAUGCAUGGUUCAAAUGUUCUGUAGUAAAAGCUGUGGAAACUAGAGGAAAUCAUCACUGUGUAGAGUUUGGUGUAAAUUUCUGAUUUCAAAUCAAGCAAUGGUUGAAUGUCGUCUCCCUCCCCCACACCCGCCCUCCCGAAGAACAGACACAAUAUUACAGGAGAUGCUUGUAAAGAAUAUGAAAAUGUAACUGAAAUUUUAUCUCUAUUUCUGUAUUUGUGGUCUUUACACCUGGAAAUUUAGAGAUAUGGCAAACUUGAAGUCAUUGCUUGUAAUCUUAUAUGUCGGUAAAGACGUUUUUCAAUUCUGGUCUUGUCACCAAAAAUUUCUUCUCCUGUAUCAUUGUAUCUGGUCUUGAAUCAGCUAGAUAUGACCACAUUCAAUGUAACAUUAUCUUAAAUUAGCUAUAUUUUUCUAGUUUCUCCUGCUUUUUUACUAGGAAAAUACAGAUUUAUGCAAAAGUGACUUAUUUAUGUAAUUCACAACAUAUGGUAAAGUGUGAUUUAUAUUGAUGUUGCUGUAUUGCUAAUAUUACCACAUCUUUGUGCUUGGAGUAUCAUGUGCAUCAUCUUUUUUAAAUUUGUCUUGAUAUUUAAGUUUGAAUGAUUCUAAUAUGCUAAUAGGCAGAGCCCGUAACAUUGUCUACCAUGUCUGAUAUUUCUACUUGAAGAGAACAAACACUUUUGAAAUCAUUGGGGACAUAUGUAUUUUACAGACAUGCUUUUUAAUACAGAAUUGUUUAAAUUAGUGAACAAAUUGAUGCUGCAAAACCUGCUGUAACAGUAUCUGGGACCACAAAUAGUCAUUUGAAAGUCCAUACACUAUAAAAUGUAAUCUGUAAAUAGUAAAUUGCAUUUUGUAAAGUAGUGUAUAAAAUUGUAACAAAUUAAAUCCUAAUUCUCUUAAAAA